AUGGAGAAGACGACGGCUCAGUAUCUCAAAGAAGAUAUCUUCGUUGAAAAAAUCCACUCUGAGAAGAUCCGCGGUGCAUACAGAGCUUGGGAUGGUCAAGCCAUGGAUGUUGACAUCUCAUGGGGUUACUACAGGGGUGUGCCGUUCUACUGUAUCAUCAAGGAACAGAACCAGGGCAAACGCGAUAGUCUCAUCGUUGUCCGUUCGUUUCUCUACAAGUUCAACAUUCGAGACACCAAACCGACAACCAUUUUCUCAUCUCGGUUUCUGCUCUCAAUGACCGACUGGCUCUCCCAAGAAGUCAGAGUCGACCAAGUCGAUCAUCUAAUCGGCAUGGACCCAGAUACCGUGUUUCAGAACAACUUUAUCUCCGAGCUUCUGAAAGAGUCAAAGUAUCCCAACACAGUUGGAGUCUGCGGCUAUGUCGCGGUUGACUUCAGUGGAGGCAAUUGGAACUUGUGGUCUAUCUAUCAGAAUGCCGAGUACACAAUUGCCCAGGGACUGAGACGGCUACAUCAAUCCAUUGCAACUAAGAAAGUAUCCUGUCUGCCUGGGUGUUGCCAGUUGCUCAAGAUAUGCGACAUGACAUGCGGUGACAAGGUCCUCAUCGAGCAAUUUGGAUACUAUCCCAGACAUUUGGAUGGCAUGAUCAAACGCAUUCGAACCACUGCGUCUGAAGAUCGAAACCACAUAUGCCAACUUCUCACCACCUUUCCCGAAGCGCAGAGUCGUCAGGCUUUACGCGCGAGGGCUUACACUGAUGUCCCUCAUUCUUGGAGUGUCUUUCUUUCUCAACGUCGCCGCUGGACACUCGGAGCUACAAGCAACGACUUGCUACUGUUCACGGCCCGACAUUGCCAAUGGUGGGAGCGUAUACUAGCAUUUUCAAACGUCCUCACCUGGUCUCUUAACGUUUUUGUUAUCGCCUCUAUCGGUUGUAUGAUCGUAGCUUUUAUGCAUCAGCCAUGGUGGAUUAUUAUGGCCUUUGCAGGCAUCAUGAUUGUCCCUCUUAUUUACUACAUCAUCAUAGAAAUUUGGCUUCCAGAGUCAAUGCUGGAGAGAUUCCAGUACCUCCUCGGUUUGUUCAUCUUUGUUGUUCUGGGGCCAUUUUUGAACAUUGCCGUCAUGGUGUUUGCGGUGUUCAAUAUGGAUAGUUUUGGUUGGGGCAAGACUAGGAAGGUCAUCGUUGAGACUCCCGAGGAACAACUAAAGGAGAAGCAGAACAUUCGAGAUACGGGCAGUGAUUCUAAUUCGCUACCGGGAACUUUUAGCAGUGACCAGAGAGAGGAGGUGACUACAAGUGCAACGGUCAGGAAGCCAGCGGUAGUAUACGUGCCUCCAACUACGCAGCACUUGUAG